CCGGACGGGAAAUAACCCGAUAAAUACUCUUCUUUAUUUUUUAUUACUAAAAAAUAUAUAUAUAUUAUUAUUAUUAUUAUUGUCGGUGUGUAAAAUUAAACAAACCUGGCAGCUCCUGGGGCGGGGCGUCACUCCUGACAGCAACUCUCCCAGACACCGCACUCUUCUUCUUCUUCGUCUUCUCUUCUUCUUCUUCUUCUUCUCCUUCUUCUUCUCUACUCCUCGGCGCAGCGCAAACAGAGGGAGUUUACACCAAAAGUCCAGAGAUGGUGACUUUACGGCCGGGACCAGAAGACAGCCCGAACUGAACCCCUCGCCACUUGCCUCUUCUGCUGCCCGCCGGUUCGACAUCAUCAUCAUCUUCAUCUUCAGCCCAGUCCUCCGAAGUUUUGUUUUUGUUUCUUCUCUCUUUGGCGAGAGCGCGCGCGCGCGGCGCAUGUGGAAGAAGAAGAAGAAGUGAGUCCAGGCAACGUUCAUGCAUUUUAAAGUCGACCACAAGUGAGACGAGGGUGUUGGAGCUGAAAGUCUCCUAUCUGUAAUGAUGUCUUCCAUGCGAGCAACGCCUCCUUUCCACCCACCGCCAUCCGUGGAGGCGGACGCCACGGAUCAGGAUAACAACGCGGCCUGGGCCGGAGACGAGCGGGACGGCCUGACGGAGACGGUCCCCGGCACGACCCCGCCACACGACCGGCCCUGCCCGGACGAGCCCCCGCCCGCCGGGAAGAAAACAGUGGCCGACAUGAUCGAGUGGGAGACGGUCGCCCCGGCUAUGAUGGACAAUGAAGGCAGCAAGGGCUGCUCUGGCUACCCUUACCGGACUAACUCUACCUCUCCUACCAAGCCGGAGGAGUGUUCCAGGGAUCGAGGGGAGUCGGUGAUCGGCCUCGCCUUCGGGACUCCCGAACGGCGUAAAGGAAGUCUGGCAGACGUGGUUGACACACUGAAACAGAAGAAGCUCGUGGAGCUGACCAAGUCGGAACAAGACGAACCGUCUUGCAUGGUGAGGCUACUUUCCAAGGACUGGAAGGAUCACGUCGAAGGCCUCAACGCCAGCGAGCUGCUGGGGGAGGUCAAAGGUACGCCCGAGUCGCUCAAGGAGAAGGAGCACCAGCUUUCCACCAUGAUCGGUCAGCUGAUCAGUCUGCGGGAGCAGCUCCUGGCCGCCCAUGACGAGCAAAAGAAGAUGGCCGCCUCGCAGCUAGAGAAGCAGAGACAGCAGAUGGAGUUGGCCAGGCAGCAGCAGGAGCAGAUUGCCAGACAACAGCAGCAGCUUUUGCAGCAGCAGCACAAGAUCAACAUUCUCCAGCAACAGAUUCAGGUCCAGGGUCACAUGCCUCCUCUGAUGAUCCCCCUGUUCCCACACGACCAGCGCUCUCUGGCUGCCGCCGCCGCCGCACAACAAGGCUUCCUCUUCCCGCCCGGCAUGUCCUACAAGCCAGGUGAGAAUUACCCAAUGCAGUUCAUUCCGUCGACAAUGGCAGCCGCGGCGGCCUCUGGACUCAGCCCGCUACAGCUGCAGCAGCUGUACGCCGCACAGCUGGCGAGCAUGCAGAUCUCGCCGGGAGCCAAGAUGGCGCCCCUCCCGCAGGCUCCCAACUCCUCCGGUCCGCUUUCACCCUCCAACCUCAAGAGUGAGAAGCAAGCGUCCAGCCCCGUCACUCACAUUAAGGAAGAAGGAUCCACACAGCCACUGAACCUCUCCGCCAGACCGAAGACGGCCGAGCCGUAUCGCUCGCCGACGUCGCCCACGCAGAGCCUGCUGCCCGUAAACAAGACCAGCCCAGUCGGCCUGGGCAAGGGUCGCAUCCCGAGCCCCAUCCCCAUCCCCAGCAUGGGCCGAAACGCCUCCCUGGACAUCUUGUCCAGCCUUAACUCAACAGCGUUGUUUGGGGACCAAGACGCGGUUAUGAAAGCCAUCCAGGAGGCGCGGAGCAUGAGGGAGCAGAUCCAGAGGGAGCAGCUCCACCAUCAGCAGCAGCAGCAGCCGGGCCACCAGAGUCUGGAGGCCAAGCUGUCCGCACUCAGCAGCAUGAACCUCAACAACAGCAACAAGGAGCGGCUUCACUAUGAGACUCUCAGCCAGCAUCUGGGGAAGCUUGGGGAGGACGCAGGGAAGAUGGUCCAUCGAGUCAUCGACCUGACGAGACCAGAGGAUCUGGAUGGGAAUAAUAUCACAGAGGCCCGGGUGUUCAGAGAGGCACGAGGCAGGAACAGCAGCGAGCCUCACAUCAAGAGGCCCAUGAACGCCUUCAUGGUUUGGGCUAAAGACGAGAGGAGGAAGAUCCUGCAGACCUUCCCUGACAUGCACAACUCCAACAUUAGCAAGAUCCUGGGUUCUCGCUGGAAAGCCAUGACCAAUCAGGAGAAGCAGCCAUACUAUGAGGAGCAGGCCCGCCUCAGCAAGAUCCACCUGGAGAAAUAUCCCAACUACAAGUACAAGCCGCGGCCCAAGAGGACCUGCAUCAUUGACGGCAAGAAGCUGCGCAUCGGGGAGUACAAGCAGCUGAUGCGCUCGCGGCGCCAGGAGAUGAGGCAGUUCUUCGUGGGGCCUCAACCGCAGAUUUCUCUGGGCAACAGCUCGGGAGGCGUCGGCGUUUACCCGGGCACGAUAACCAUGGCGACGACGGCGACGCCCUCCCCGCACCUGACGUCGGACUGCUCCAGCACGUCAGCCAGCCCCGAGCCGAACAUCCCCGUCAUCCAGAGCACGUACGGGGUGAAGUCCGAGCCCGGCGGCGGCAGCAACGGGACGGGCGUCGGCGCCAUGGAUCUCCCCGGCGACCCCGCGAACGGAGACGACGACAUGGACAUGUACGAGGACUUUGAGGACGAGCCCAAAUCAGACUAUAGCAGCGAGCACGAGACGCGGGAAGUGGUCAGCGCCAACUGACCGCGACCCGGGGAGGAACGAGUAAAAAAAAAAAAACCCAACGACUCCCUUUACGUCCAGAGAGACGAACUCUGACAGCAAAGUUCAUCACGGAGACCUCCGGGAAGACUUUUUUAGCGAGCAUGCCCAGGCUUGUGGAAAGACUUGUGGAACAGUGUCUUGACAGGCGCCCGUUGAAGAAAAAGGGGGCCGAGGAGGGAAAAGGUGUCCCACCAACACGACCUCAACAAUCACUCAGACUCUGAGCUGACGGGGAGCUGCGGUUUCCUACUCUGACAAUCGUUUCAGGAGCGAGAGAGAGCGAGACGAACAAAGGAGCAACAAAUGCAUCACAACGCGGUGUGGUUUGUAGAGAGCAUGCAUGGGUUUUUCUUUUUUUUUUCCUUUUUUUUUCAGGCAUCACAAAAUGCUCUUUGACAGCUACUUGGUCUUAAAUGUGUACAAGAAUGUGUAAGUUUUACUAUUAUGAUGUAUUUGACCUUUCAUGACCCCGUUUGGUUUUCUGACAGGCCUCACUGCCUGGACAAACUCUGGACUGUCGGAACUUGAAAUUUCAAAAGUUUUUAAUAUAAAUUCUGAUUUGUGUUACCUUCUUAGUCUUACUUACUUUCAACAUAGUGCUAAGCCUUUCUCCUCCACCCUCCUUACAAACUGCUUAUAUUACCUUGCUGUUAGUUUUUUUUUUUUUUUUGUUUUGUUUGUUUUUAAAGAAAUUUCCCUGCUCAGGUAUGAUGUGCCAGCUUGUGAAUGUCGUUUUUUUUUUUCUGUGUUUCCAUAAAAGUAGGACUUUUAGCUGUUACAUAGGUAGGAUUUUUCAGACCUUCAUUGAAAUAUAGGGAGUUAAAUCCCUUAUUAUUAUUAUUAUUAUUAUUAUUAUUAUUAUUAAGGAAGGAAAAACCCAUACGUUGUACAGUUUUCUUCAGAUGUGCCAAACAUUCACAUUGUCCCGGGAUGUUGUAGUCUUAAUUUCCAAUGCUGCAAAAAAAAAACAAAAAAAAAAACAAACAAAACAAAAAAACGGAAGAAAAAAAAAAGUCUUAUACAAUCACGUUUUUUCCUAUCUGGUGUGAUAGAUCAUUUUGUUGUUUUUUUGUUAUUGUUGGGUUUCUUUUGUUUCUAAGUAAAAUGCUGGUUCCCCUCCUGAUCCAGUCAGAGCUCAGGGAGGACACGUCUUCGUCACGCUUUCACUCAGUCACACCAUCGUGUUGAAGCCGUUUCACUUCCAGACACGUCGUAGCGGAGUAGCUCAUUUUAUUCCCAACUGCACUGGUGCUUUCACGAACCACGUUGCUCUUAGUUCCUUCACGCCAAACCAGUUUGCUCGCUGCUUAGCGUAGUGCUGUGUCAGCACUUAUGGGUGUCCCUUCAAAUCAGGCUAACAGAGGUACUUUUUUUUUUAAUGUAUUUUUUGCAUCUUGAAUUAAUUAUUUCUGAAGAGAUGUUUUGGUAAAUGGUUCGAAGCACUUGAUAUUUUACCCAAAUUACGUGACUCUUAUUUACUGUAAAUCCAGAUUAGUUGGAGUUUGAGGCGGAACGUGCUAACUUGCCCGAGAGGAGCCGAACAUAAAACGGGCUCUUACGGGUUUUAAGUCAGGUCCAGUCUCCGAACGUCUUACAAUGUAAACAAAUAUCAUUUUACAAACUAUUGCUCUAUAAAUGCAUCCAUAAGAAUUUUAGUAGUUGAUUUCCAAUUAUCUUGAGACUAUACAUUACAAUAUCAUCCAAUUUUUUUAAGUCAAAUUACAUGUGUAAACAUUUAUAAAUGAAAAAAUGGAAAAUCUGCAUCAAGGUGCAUCUCCAUCAUAAACUAGACUAUUUAGUUUUUGUUUUUUUUUUUAAGUAGAUAAUGGAUGUUUAAAUGAGGACAAAAAGAGGUCGGAGGUCGUGCGCUGCUGAUUAUCUUCCUGUGUGAAACGUAUAGAAAGAGUCAAACAUGUGAAAUGGUCCCACUCACAGUUGCUGUCUGAUGUGAUAUUCAUACUCAGAAAAAUUAAAGGUAUUUUAGCAGUUUGAGUGAGAGCUAUUUUACAAAAAUAAUAACUCCAACAUAGUUUUCAAUGAGUUAGUUUCUGUGACCACACACGUGCGCUACACGUUUCUCUUAGGAAACGAAUGUUGUCCCUUCGCCUCCUACCUUCAAGUAAUCACUGUAAAUAUGCGUCCAGUAACUUCAGUUUAGGCAUUUGAAAACUGACAUUCCCAGAUUGUUUUUUUUUUUUGUUUUAAGAUGAUAAAAGGUCAUAUUUGUCAGUCUCCUAGAGGUUUGCUUCAGCCUUCUGGUUCAACUAAUCUGGAUUUAUCCAAAAUGUUUUUUGGUCACCUUUCAACAGAACCUCACUUCAAAAAUCAUGACCUGCCCCUUUAAGACUUGCUGAAGUUUGAAGCUGUUCUUACUCUGGUUCAGACGAAAGGUGGGAAAACUGUCGCAGAGAGGUUCUACUGAAAAGAUGUGAUUACUGUGGAUUUUGUGUUUUCAAUUCGUCCUAAAAUGUCUCCUAGCUUGUUUACUAUAAUCGUCCUCUUAGAAAUAAUGUGAAAAACAUCUGAAAACUCGUACGUUUAAAGGCAAAAUUAAACAGGUCUGUUAUUCUAAAAAGAUGACCUGUUGUGUUUUCACAUAGUUCAAAAUUAGCUGGACAGAGUUUCCUCACCAUUUGAUGCAUAAUGAUACUGAGGGGAAAAAAUAUUUGUGCUCACUCAUGUCAAAUAAUUUUUUAAUUUAAAGAAGAAAAAAAAUUGGUACCCUAGGUGCUUUUUAAACAUUUUUUGAAUUUUCUGCUUCAUGACAAAAUUUCUCCUUACAACUAUUUCCAUCCGUAUUUAUUAGGACUGAACGUUAGCUUUAGCUCCUGUUACAUUUCUGUUAGCAUCAUACACAUAUUAAGCACUGGAUAUUAAUUCUGAUGUACUUUUCUUGUUUUUCUUAUUGACUAAUGUGAAGUUAUUGUUUGAUUUAAAACAUUACAAAUUAGUCAAAUAAAAUUAGAUUUUUUUUUUUUCUGAGCGGGGCCUCGGUGUUGCCAGGCCCCAUUAAAAUUGCCAUUUCUUUCAAAGCAUUUCUUUUUAUUAUUAUUAUUAUUUCAUUUAUUUAAGUGAACUUUGUUUCUCGCAGCUCUGAACGGGCCACGCCGCCUCUGAUCUCUUUUGACAAACAAAAAAGAAAAAAGGUAACCUCAUGCUCUUGUUAGUUGUGACCUGCGGAGGCAGAGCACACGUUCUCAUGGUCACACACAUUUCUGUUUUUAUUUUUGUUUUUUUCUUCUUUUUUUUGUGAUAAGUAUUGUAUUUGAAAUUUCAAUUGUGCGUUUUAACAUUUCAUUGUAUUUAUUAGCCUGCUUUGGCUCUAAAAAGUGUCAGUACAACUUGGUGAGAGAGACAAUCUGAAAAAAAUAUAUAUAUGAAUAAAAAAAAGAGAAAAGACUUCA